UUUUCGCUUGUGUUUAUUUAAGUGCUAGAAAACGUGUUUCUUAUGAUUCUCGAUUUACGACUAAAAAUACGUGUGUUCUUUUCAAUAUGUUUAUGUCUAAUGCGCAUUUUUAUGUCUAAUUUUGUUCAAUUUUUGACGUGAGUUUUUGUGAACAGUUUAUUAAUCAUUAAUCUUGUAUCAUUAGUUACACUGCAUAUUCUCCGAGAGACUAAUAGUACUCUUGUUAUAAAAUGGUGCAUUUUGAUAUUCAAUAGAAAUGCGUAUAUCAUUUAAUACUUGGCUUUCUCUUUCGAAAAUACUGUUUCUGGGAAUUUUAUGGUGUUUCGUAUUUUCUCUAUCUCUGGUAUUCCACCUGUAAAUUGGCCGAGCAGAAUUCAAAGAAAUACCAGCAGCCAGAAAAUUUCAUUAGCCAUUUGUAUAUAAAUCAAUGUUGAACCGUUACAUUGUGUAUAUAUUUUCGGGCAGCUGUUUCCAUGGAAAAGUAAAUUAUUUUUGAACUGUUGUGGCAGACUGUGGAAAAUAAGUUCUACGGAAAGUACUAGUACCAGUGCUGAAUGCUACAGUAAAACCCACACUUGAUGACCAUGCUCGUUACCGCGUGCUUGGUAACAUUCUGGUGAAAUUUGAAUUAGUUUGAAUUUUGUGUACCAUGCCUUUAAGCGACGCAGAUUGUGUGGCUACUUACAAAAUUCUUAUUCUCGGAGACUCUUCUGUCGGCAAAACUGCGUUACUGAGAUGCUUAACUGGCCGAGAUUUCCAAGACAGACAACUCCCAACCAUUGCAACAGACUUUGUGAAAAAAAAGUUUGAGGUUGACGGUGCACUUGUUGAACUACAGAUAUGGGAUACCGCAGGUCAGGAGAGGUUUCACUCGGUCAACAGGUGGCAGUAUCGGGGAGUCAAGGGUGUUGUCAUGGUGUAUGACGUCACGGAUAAAUCAACGUUUACUCAUUUACCAUACUGGCUGAGUAGCGUUAAUGACGAGAUAGCGCAAACACAUAACAAGUAUGAAGUUGUACCAAUUGUGUUAAUUGGCAACAAGUGUGACCUUCAAACUGACAGGAAGAUCAAAACCAAGGAAGGAAUGAAGCUGGCUGAGAAAGAACUGACAUCAGAUUUCUAUGAAACAAGUGCUAAAACUGGACAAAAUGUGUUCAACGCAUUCCAUAAGUUGGCUUACUGUGUCACCGAAAUAUGCAAUCCAAAUGUGAUGAAGAGCUACUAUCCAAAUAUGAUUAGGGAACAACCGUCUUUAGCAGUAACUGUACCCGAAACCAGAACGUAUCCUGUUGUCAAAGCAAACAUGACCAAAAACGUCGUAACAAUCGAAUGGCGAAAUAAUGUGUCAAAAUCUGCAAAUGAUGUGAAAAGAAAGAAGUGCUUUAAGUGGAAAUCAAAGAAAUUGAAAUUAAAACUGGCAUGUUGUUGUUCUUCAUCAUCGUAAAUUUUCAAAGGCCAGUUUGAUGAAAGUACUUUAGGGGAAGAAUUCAGGGAUGAGCAGUGAACACGUGCAUCACUUAUUUUUAUAUCAAAUUCUGAUAAAUCAUAUUGAAACGUUAUGAAGUAUGUUUAAUUGCCAAAAAUACUACAUGUAUUCAGGAAAAAAUCCUGGCUGAACAAAAUCUGAUGACGAAUUAAAGAAACCUAAUACCAUGCUUACCUACAAUGCCGCCUUCGUGUUUUGGUAAUUACAAGUGAAACAGUAGAAAUACUUUUAUUAUUCAGAUGUGAUAUGAUUGUGAAUAGUGUUAUACUGUGUAGUUAAGAUUGUAAUCGUCUUAGCUUUGCCUUUCACAUGACGUUUCUAGACUUACGUAUGGCAAUAUAAACUGUGUUAAGGAAUAUCAUGAUAAGACGUCGUGAGAGAGGCAUAAAGUGUAAUAACAUUUUGACGUUGACGUUGUUUGAAGUAUAGAAGACGCUGAUUAUAUUAUAUAUAUAUAUAUAUAUAUAUAAGGAAAUAAAUUAAAUGUUUCAGUAGCAAAAGCUUGUAUGUGAUAAAAAAUCAUACAUUUCUGAAUUUCCACAUUGAAUUUAUUGAACCAGUUGAAUAAAAACGGUGUCAUGCUCGGCAGGGCCUCGUACUUUAUUUAACUCGUUUAAUAAAUUCAGUAUGAAAAUUGGAUUAUCUGUCACUGUACAUAUAUAUUCAUCACAUUGAAAUGAACUUAAAAUCAAACAAAUAAAUAAUAUAACAGAACAAAAAUUAAGACAUAAAUCGGCCUUUGUAUAUAAUUUUGAAACAUUAAAAAGUAUGUGUGGUAGACUGUCUAGUGCUUCUCAUGUGAUGUAUCAAUUUACACGUGCUGAUUUUCUGGCACUACAUUGUUUGCACCUGGUAUGAACAAUAAACAAUAACAAUAAUAACUCUCAUUCGCGGGGUUAGUUUAUAACCGAUACGAUUUCCGAAUCACAUUCAUCUGUUCAUAGAAAAUGUCUCUUAAACAUUUCACGAAUUGUGAUAAAUUGCAGAUCAAAUGACGCCGAAUAUUGUAUAAGAAAAGCACGAGUCCUUUCCUUACACUUGUUUAUCUCUUGUAUGUUUAUAGUAUCGGAAUCGAGGUAGGAAUACUUCCGUUUCUAGUGCAUAAAUUUGAAAUGCAGAUGUACAAACAUAUACAGCUAAUAUUCUAGCCGAAUAAGGUCCACUACUUGAACUAGAUAUAUGGACAAAAUUACGAAAUAUCUGUAAUGAGAUCCUGGCAUAUUUUAGGACUAUUCACUGCACUUUUCAGUACCCAUAGGUUUCGGGCAAAUUCCUUUCAAACUACUUAGGAAACAAUGUCGACGAUUUAUUGUGUUUAAUAUCAUUUAAUAUAUCAGAUACAGACGUAACGUUUUUAAUUUGAUAACUGCAUCAACCAUUUUUACUUCUCUAUUUCUAAGUAAUUUCUAAAAAAAAUAAACACUGUUCGUUUGGAUACAUAAACUGCGUAUCUAUGUUUUGUUUUGCUUCACUUUCCAGCCUGCUCUCAUUCGGAUAUUUUUGAAUAUUUAUCAUAUUCUUACACUUAAUAGAAGCUGUUUUAAACGCACAGUGCUACAGUAAAACUUCUUGUAAUUACCAGUCAUAACUGCAUGUUCUUUCAUACUUUGGAAAUAUAAUAUAAUAUUAUACCA